AUGAUAAUACGAGCUUUUAUUUUUUUUCAUCUAUUGUUCUUAAAUUGUGUAUUGUCCCAUAAAAAUAUAAUUCAGAUAAAUUAUAAAAUAAAUUCCUACUCAGCUAGUAAUGAUAAUGUAAAAUGGAAUAGUAUUGGGUCAUUUGUAUUAGAUAAAAACCAAAUAUAUAACACAUCCAACACUUAUAUAAAUGAAAAAAAUAAGCUCAUCAAAAAGUUAAAAGAACAAAAUUAUGACUAUGCUUUAUUUCAAUUGUGCUAUAAAUCUGACCCCAAAAAUUGUAUACAAACAUAUAUUGAUAGAAAGAAAAUACAAGAUCCAGAAAAUUUUAUUUUAUUAAUAGGGUUAGAUAAUAAUUAUAUGCCAUAUGUGCUAAACUAUCGAUCCUAUAACAAAGCCAAUGAUAAAAAUAUAAAAGUAUUUUCUGAUUUAUUUGCAAUCAAGAUUUUGUCAGUUUCUUUACCAAUUAAUGUUAAUAAAAUACAAACUGAUGAUAACAUGAAUAAAGAUAAGUCUAAAGGAAAUGAAACUGGGAAAAAUAAAGAAGAGCCAAAAUCAUUUUUAAGGAAGUACUGGGUCUAUAUAGCUAUAUUUUUAUUGUUGCUAUCUUUUUCAAAACACAUGACUGAGAGUCCACAACAAUCGGAAGAAUCAUAA